UGUAUAGUAUAUGCUAGCAAACGCGACCGAAGGCAGCUGGGACUGCUGAGAGCCAAGUGGAUAUCGUAAACACUAUACGUAUACCUAUAUAUAUGCUCCAAGUCGGAGCUUGAAGCAUCAGCAGAAGUAGCAGCAGCCCUAGCCAGCAGUGUGCGAAAAAAUGGCGUCGAAAGGACAACGAUGGGUGGUCGACUCCGGAAUUCUGCGAAAAAAGACUGGAGAAGAGGAGCCGCAGGAGCUUCUAGUCUUCGGUUACAGCUGCAAAUUGUUUCGGGAUGACGAGAAGGCGAAAUUGAUUGAUCAGGGCAAACAUUUGAUACCGUGGAUGGGCGAUAGCACACUGAAGAUAGACAGGUCCGUUUCCCCCUAACCUCAAAACAAAUCACACGAAAACAAUAAUCACAUCUAAUAGUAUAUUAUCCUUAAUUUCAACUUGUGCUCGUAUAACAGUUUCGCUCAGGCGAGCGAAGCAAAUACGAUGUUUCAUUGACUUGUUUCAAUUAGCCAGCUAUCGCACAGAGAGAUACAAUAUUAUGUCUCUUCCCUCGAUUCUUUACUUAUGCUCAGGGAAGGUGUAAGCAAUCUGGAGACUGUUUAAGGCUUUCAGCAGGUGCAGAUGUAUUGCUCCGACGUGUAUCUAAAUCCACUGCCCACUGUCAGAUGGCUUGUAGUAGCUGGAGAGCCUUCAGAGACUGCAGAAAGAUAUGAUGGCCGAGGAGCUCUGGGAGAUCUGCGGAUUUAUGAACCACCACCAGGUGGUAUUGACUAUCGGACCAUCCUGACCGAAGAUGAAUACAAAGUGGAACAAGUCUGUGAUGAGGAAAGGUACAGAUCUCUCUACAACAACGAUGCUGAAGAGACUUUGUACCAUGAAGAGGAAAUCAAAAGGCUGCAUCAAGCUCUCGACUCUGAAGGAUCAUAUAGUCAAGUUGGAUUUAACUAUGACGAUGAGAAAAAGUCUGGCGAAGACUCGCAAAGUCCAAAACAGUCAGAAGGAUCGCAUGAAGAGGAUGAAGCAUUUGUACCUGAGCCUGCAUUGGAAAUUCCAGAAAACAUGACUGUUCCUGAAACGCAAAAACUCAAUGCAAUCAUUAUCAAAACUGCAUUAUUUAUUAGUCGUCAAGGCAGUCAAAUGGAAAUUCUCAUAAAGGCAAAGCAGGCAAACAAUCCACAAUUUUCAUUUUUGUCUAUUGAUGGAGAGCUACACCCGUAUUAUAAGCACGUCUUAGGGGCUAUAAAAUCUGGGAAAUACAAUCCAGAAAAACAACCUGAAAAGGAAGAAUCUGAGCCGGAAUCGGAAUCAGAGGAGGAUGAUGAACCCUAUCUCCAUCCGAGUCUUGCAUCAUCUCUUAAGGUUGAAGCGGCUCCCAGUAUUCCAAGCAUCAAUUACAAACCAUCGGCAGACUGUGCAUAUUCCAUGUUGGUAAAUAAAAUCACUGGGAAACCUCCAGCUUCAAAACUUCAACAACAACAACAGCAGCAGCAGCAGCAACAACCUCCUCCACCACAGGAAGUCAUACCUCCGCCACCAAUGCCACCAAUUGGAUUUUAUCAUGCAAUGCCAUCAAAUUUUCCACCGUUCCCCCCGCCUCCUCAACAGUAUGCUCACGGCCCUGUUCUCUACGGAGUGAACGGUAAUGCUAUAACACCACCCAUGCCACAAAUUGGACCUGUGGCACCGUCACCACCUGCUACUAAUGCUGUACAAACUCCACAAAAGGAGCCAGCGCCGCUUGUUCCUUACGGACCUACGCCACCUAAACCUCUCAGUAGACCUUCGUUUAUCGUGCCACCGGCUGACAUACAGAUCAUCAUUGAUAAAAUGGCGAGUUACGUGGCUAAGAAUGGGCGCGAUUUCGAAGCUAUUGUGAAAAACAAGGGUGAUCCUCGGUUUAGUUUUCUCGAGUUGUCGCAUCAAUACCAUGGAUAUUACGCACACAAACUCACAAUGUACGAGGGAGCCAUUAAUCCUCGAGUACUUACAGAGGAGGAGUUGUUGCAGAAACAAGAAUUACAGGAAGAAAAGCAAAAAAAGUUGGAGGAACUUCAGAAAAAACAGCAAAGAAUGGAAGAAGUACAAAAGAGAGUUAAAAUGAUCCAAGCUAAGAAAAUGAGCGAAAGCAGUACGAGACAAAGUCCUAGUAAACAAGUCACUACAGUAUCGUUUUCUAUUAAAAAACCCAAGGAAGGAGAGGGUAACGUCAUAGAAAAAAGAAAUGCAUUACCUUUAGAGGAGAGCGAUGACGAAACUAGCGAUGAUAAAAAGGAAACGAAUACUAAACCUGAAUCUCCGGUUCCCAUAAAAGAAGAAGUACCACUGUCUCCUAAAGCAGAAAAAGAGCCGAUAAUUUUAGAAAAACCAGCAGCGGAAAGGAUCAUGCCAGACCGUCCUAUAUCAGAACGACUUGCAAUGGCCAAGUCUUCUUCGGAACGGUCUUGCAAAUCCAGAUCAACAAUGGAAAAGCCUUUAUCAGAAAAGUUAUUAGAGAGCAAAAGAUCUGCAAAAUCACAAUCUACACACGUUCCAGUUAGCGAUUUCGUUGACCUCACUGAUGACAUUUUUGAAGAUUGUCAGAAGGAAAUUCGCGAAAAACAGACCGAUGACAAGCUCAGAGAUCGAAUGUUAGUAUCAGCUCAAAAAAAAUUGGCUGUUUCAAGAGAAAAGCAACUUCAGAUGGAAAGACGAAAAAAAGCUGCAAUGUUUUUAAGCCAGAUCCAAGCUCCCACCAUAGUUAAACCCGAAAUACCAGUGAUUAGUAUAACAAAGGAAGAGCCACCACAACCACCGCCCUCAUAUUCUCCGCCUACGAGGGAAGAUAUUGAAAUUGAAGAAUUACGAAUAAAUACCAAUUCUUUAAUGAGUAGAUUAAGAGGAGUAGACGCAUCUAAUAAAAGGUCGAGACGGUCUAGAAGCCGGAGUCCCAGCUAUGCUGAUCGACACAGAAGUCACAAGAAACACAAAAAGAAAAAAUCUACUCACAGAAGCAGUUACCGCGAAAGCGUUAGCAGUUCCCGAUCCCACAAAACGAAAAAAAGUAAAAAGUCUUCAUCCAAGCACCGAUCACGAUCACGAUCACGAAGUCCUCACAGGCAUCACACUUCUUCGCGACAUCGACGGGAAAGUAGUUCUAGUGAUUCGAAUUCUAGUUCAUCGUAAAACAUUUUCGUGAAAUGAUGAACGAAUCAUGUGAAUUCGUAUGUAAAUAUGAAGAAUGUACAUUUUUUUCAAGGAUUUAAACCCUUUUGCGAUAUGAAAUAAAGACUUGAUAUUUUGAGAGCAUUUUACUAUAAGGAUCUUAUUUUUCCUUUUGAUUUCAAUGUUAUCGUUAAAUUUUAAUUAUUUGUAAAUUAGAAUUUGUACAAAGAAAAAAGAUGAUAAUGAAUAAAAAUGUAUUUUUGUUAAAAUUUA